AUGUCUUAUGAUCUUAGUAGACAUUUCAAGUAUAUGGCAAUAAGUCUAUUUGUCGGGUACAAGGCGUUGCUUAAUAAUGAGACACCUGUGUCUUGUAUAGUAGUCAAUUCCAAAACCGAUGAGAUUAUAAGUAUCGGUUACAAUUAUACCAACCACUCAUUGAAUGGUACCCAACAUGCAGAAUUUAUAGCUCUACAGAGAUUUGAAAGCGAUGAGAGUAUUAAUUACAGUGAUUUAAUUUUGUAUGUGACAGUAGAGCCGUGUAUAAUGUGUGCAUCAUAUUUACGCCAAUUGGGUAUUGGAAAAGUGAUUUUUGGUUGUGGGAAUGAUAGAUUUGGUGGAAAUGGAACAGUAUUGCCAGUACACAAAGAUCCAAGUUUACCUAACAAACCAUACUUGAGUGUGGGUGGGAUAUGUCGAGCUGAAGGUAUACAAUUAUUAAGAAACUUUUAUAUCCAACAAAAUGAAGCAGCACCUAAUCCCAAAGUUAAAAAGAAUACUGCAAUAGAAAGCAAAGAAUAUCCCGGCAACGAAUUCACAAGUCUUGAUAAGAAUGAGUUUUUACAAUUUUAUGGUGAAGAUAGAGAGAUAAUUUAUGAUGCAACUGAUCUCGAGAUCACUCCGCAGAUACACAAAGGUUAUGAUAUAAAAGAGUUUAUUGAUCUUAAACAAUUGCAAAAGGUGCGAUUUUUACAAGAUGAGUUAGGAGAGGUUACUGAGGAACAAAUCACUGAAUUCAACAAUUUAUUUUUCAAUGUGAAUGAUGAUAAUAGGAUUAAUUACGAAAAACCCAUUGGUAAGUACAAUAGUAAGAAAAGGCAUUUAGAAGAAGAUAUAUAG